AUGGAAGGGACGAGGGGUGAGCCGAGGCGAACAAAGUCGCCACGACGCACCACCAGCGUAGGCUCUGAAGAUGAAACCGAAUUCGUGGAAGAGGAAAGCCUACUCGAAUACGCCCUGUUUUGGGCAGUGCACGAGACCAACAUCUCCAAGGUAAUGGCACUGCUCGAGCGGGAUGGGAUCAACAUCAACUGGCAGAACAAGGCUGUGGGAAACAAAACGGCAUUGCACGUUGCAGUGGAGAAGGACAACACAACGCUGGUCGCGCUCUUGCUCGGACGCGGC